UGGGUGCAGCAGCAGCAGCAGCAGGGCUAGUGUGAGUUUCUAACCCUGCUGUCUAGUCAUUGUUUAUAAGGGCUGUGAAUCCCAGAAUCUUGUAUUAAAAUAAUUCCACCCUUAACAUGAUGUGUGUGUCUGUCUCUUGCUGGCUGUGUCUCUCUCUCUCUCUCUCUCUCUCUCUGAUCCUCCUCUCCUGUUUUGCAGCCUGCAAUGUCACCAUUCACAACCGCUGCCGGGACACCUUGCCGAACUGCACCAAGAUGAAGCAGAAGCAGCAGAAGUUGGCCCUGGUGCGGAAUAGCUCAGCCAUUCAGAAUGUGGCUCUUCGCAAUAAGUCCCCCAUGAAUGUCAGGGAGCGCCCCAGCUCAGCCAUCUACCCCUCGGACAGUUUACGACAGUCCCUGCUGGGGUCACGCAGAGUUCGAUCAGGGCUGCUUUCCAAGAGCGUCUCCACCAACAACAUCGCAGGUAAUCUGAAUGAUGACGCCCCGCUUGGUCUGCGGCGGAUUCUGUCCCAGUCCACAGAUUCACUGAACUUCAGAAACAGAGCCAUGUCCAUCGAGUCCCUCAACGAUGAAGGGGAGCAGUUCUACUCUCAGAUGCUGAGUGAGCUUGAGGCGGAGGAGGAGGAUUUCAAGGCAGAUUCCUGGAGCCUGGCCGUCGACACCAACUUCCUGCAGCAGCAGCGCAAAGACGUGAUGAAGAGGCAGGAUGUGAUCUACGAGCUGAUCCAGACAGAGCUGCACCAUGUACGCACUCUCAGGAUCAUGGCCGAGGUCUUCCGCAGGGGGAUGCUGGAGGAGCUGCAGGUUGAACCCGCUCUCGUCCAUGCUGUGUUCCCCUGCCUUGACGAGCUCACCGACAUCCACGUCAACUUCCUGUCCCAGCUGCUGCGCCGCAGGAAGGAGUCGCUCGCCCCGGGCAGCCAGAGAAACUUCAUCAUCACACAGCUCGGAGACAUCCUGCGGUCACAGUUCUCUGGCUGCAGUGCUGAUCGGAUGCGGAAGGCCUAUGUGGAGUUCUGCAGUCGACACAACAAGUCAGUGAAGCAGUACAAGGAGCUCCUGGCCAGAGACAAGCGCUUCCAGCAGUUCAUCAGGAGGGUGAGCCGCGGGUCUCUGCUGCGGCGUCACGGUGUGCAGGAGUGCAUCCUGCUCGUCACACAGAGAGUCACCAAGUACCCCGUCCUCGUCGACCGCAUCCUGCACAACACUAAAGGUAAUGAGGAGGAGUCUACAGCCCUGAAGGAGGCCCUGGUCCUGAUCCGGGAGCUGCUCAGCUCAGUGGAUCAGGAGGUCCAUGAUCUGGAGAGGACUCAGCGCCUGCAGGAGAUCUACUCCCGUCUGGAUCCGCGGGCUGAGACUAGCGUGCAGGGGAACCAGGCCGAGACCAUGGGGCUGGGUAGUGGGGCCUUCCGCAGCGGAGAGAUCAUGCGCAGGAGGUUGAUGCACGAGGGGCCCCUGCUCUGGAAGACUGGCUCCCGGUUCAAGGAUGUCCAGGUCUUGCUGAUGACAGAUAUUUUGGUGUUUCUGCAAGAGAAGGACCAGAAAUACACCUUCCCCAUUCUGGACAAGCCCCCUGUGGUUUCUCUGAAGAACCUGAUUGUGCGUGACAUCGCUAACCAGGAGAGAGGCAUGUUCCUGAUCUGUGACUCCACCCCCCCGGUGAUGUAUGAGAUCCACGCGGCCUCCCGCGAGGACCGCAACACCUGGAUGAAGCUCAUCAAGCAGACUGUCAGCAGCUGUCCUUGUCCGGAGGAGUUUCCUUUGAUCGAGACGGAAGACGAGGCUCUGCUGCGCAAACUCAGGGGCGCUAUCCAGCAGAAGGACAGGGAGCUGGUGGAGCUGCUGGAGGAGAGAGUCAGCCUGUUCUCGGAGGUGCUGGAGGUCCAGGCUGGGGAGGGGGUUUCGCUCUGCAUCAACACCCGAAACCUAUUCCGAGCAGAGACCCCCGAGGCCCCCCGGGGAGAGAAGCUCAUCAUAGAGGCCAUCCGCGAGGUGGAGAGACUGGGAGAGCUGCUGGUGGGAACUGGAGUAGAGCUGACGGUUACUGGAGACCAGAAUCACAGCAUCCACAGGGGGGAGCCAGAGGGGCAGGCCAGCCUCGCACCCAAUGGAGAGGAAGUGUCAGUCAAUGGGACCCACGAAUUCUGCAGGACAGACUCGAACCCGGAGCACAGGGAUCGGAAUGGAAACCGAAUGCAAGAGAAUUCCAGCAGUGAGGUGUUGUUUCAGGGGCUGGUGAACCUCAAUGUGAAGCUCCACGCACUGCAGGCCGCAGUGUUGCAGCAGGACAGUCUGGUGGAGCUCUGUCUGAGAGGCUGCUCCCUGCCGGGGGGAGUGGCUGGGAGAGAGAAGGGGCGGGACAAGCUGAGCCGCUCCCUAUCACGUGACGGGGGUCUCGAUGCUGCCCUGGGUGGAGGCACAGAGCUGGUGCUGCUGCAGAGACAGCACUCCCUGAUCCAGGAGGAGCUGUCUCGAACCCGGGGCAGCGAAGCCCGGCUGCGGGACAGCGAGAGGGCCAGGGCAGAGAACGAGAGGCAGCUUAGAGAGCUACGGGAGCACAGCGCCGCCCUGCAGGCCAAACUGGACAUUCUGCAGGCGCAGGAGGCAGACAAGAGACCCAGGCACAGCCGACAGAACAGCCUGCCCAGCGAGGGAGAGCUGAGGCAGGGCAGAGCGGGGCAGGCUGCGCGCAGGGGGAGUGAGGGGGACGACGUCACGGGGGCUCCUCUGCCAUCGGACCAGACCGACCAAUCACAGCGCGUGCAAGAGGACUGCAGCGACCCCGAAGUGAACUCUGAGGACGAGGAGGAGGCAGACGAGCUCUCCACAGGGUCAAGCAGCCCGAGAGAAUUCCAUGGGAUGCACGACAUUCCGGAAGAAAGCGAGUGCGGAGCGGAGCAGCGGGAGGCGGGGCCAGACUGAACCAGCGACCCCUGUGAACUCUAAACCCUGACCCUCGAAGAAUGCAGUGGAGAAGAGAAUGAAACUCAAACCCACGUAGUUCUGAGCAGCCAGCAGAGAACGCAGGCCGACUGGGACGAGAUCUCAACACUGGGUUUUAAAGGGGGGGGGGGGGUUAUAACUAGACCUGAAUUACUAGAAGCAGAUCAGAUUUGCUAUUUAACUAAACUCCACUUUUUAUAUAUAUUUAUAUAUAUAU